UCACUGUAGUGUUUGUGUCAGUAUAGUAACUAUAAAGAUAGUUACAUAUAUGCACAUACACUGUCUCGUGCACACGGAUGGUGGGGCGCGCACGGUAUACACCAUACCAUAGACUAUACAAUAUGGAUAAUACACGCUGAGACACGGUCGAGAGCGGACGCGCGCCUGCACAUAUCGUGUGUUGUCGAGCCAGUGGCAGUUUGUAGUGAUCAGUGUGAUACGGAGUAUAUUACAAGUGGCGACGAGGACAAAGGUCAGAUUUUAUUGUUACCAUAAAAAAAAAUUGAUGAGGGUAAUGAGUCACCUAACGGAAUUUCGCCUUGCAGAAAAUUAUUCUUCUCGUAUCUAAGACUUCUACUUAAGUUCAUUAAGGGAUCCAUAGAUACCUCCAAAUCAAAAAUAAAGAACCUAGCUUAUAACCUAUUGUUACGUAAAAUUAAUAAAAAGUGUCAUGCAAUAAGCAACAAUAAUGCCGCCGAUUAAUUACCCACAACAAGACAAUACUUAAAAUACAAAUUCGUUAUGUACUAAAUACUAGAUACUUAUUCGUUACUGUGAACCAUCUAUUAAAACAAGUUGAUCACAGUAAAACCAAGAGUUUUCGUAUUGAAUAAGUUUAUAUCAGUAAAUAUUUUUAUACAUUCCCUAAUUUUCCCGCCAAAAAAAAACAUCUCCUUAGCAACCGUAACUAAGGCGCGUAAAAUCAACAACUGUCAAGCGGAAGGUGCUAUAACGUUUUAUUUAUUUUUUUUCGUUAUAAGAGUUAUUUAAACAGACCAAAGAGUUUGUAAACUAUUACUCUAAAAAACAAAACUUAGUCACUAAAGAGUUUUGAUGUUGAGCUUGGUAUAUAAUGCUCGACCCGAGGUCGGUAACAUUACAAACUAUUGUGUUGUUCGGGUUGGUCAUAUUUAUGAUAAACAUAUUAUACAGUUAGAUUAGAUUAAUCUUACCAGCAGAUUGUUGUUGUGACCCUAAUUGCAGACACAAUUAAAGAACAAUAGGUAUGCUAGCGCCGGCGAUAGACAGUUAUGUGACACAUUAAUGCCAUUCAAUUGGAUACAUUUGGUACAAAGGUACCCCCAUUCAAUUGGAAACAUUUGGUACAAAGGUACCUCCAUUAAAUUGGAAACAUUUGGUACAAAGGUACCUCCAUUAAAUUGGAAACAUUUGGUACAAAGGUACCCUCAUUCGAUCGCAAAGUUGCAUAUUGGAAGAAACUUAUUAUUUUCAGGUCGCCCCAACUGACUCUUCACGAUGUCAAACAACUUACCGCCAUUAGAAAAAUUAGACUUGGAAGGCGACAGUGCCUCAUUAGGUCAACGUUGGGAAAAAUGGAAAAGAUCUUUAUAUAUUUACCUGGAGGCGACAGAAAUCACGACACCUAUAAAAAAAGAGCGACACUCUUAUUAUUAGGUGGUUCGGGCUUACAGGAGAUAUUCUACAACUUACCCGGCGCAAAUGCAGAAUUAAGUGGUGAUAAUGAUGUGUUCGCAAUUGCAAUAGCAAAGCUAGAUGAUUAUUUCACUCCUAAGCAGAGUAAAGUUUACGAAAGGCAUUUAUUCCGUCUGUUAAAACAGGAAGAAGAUGAGAAAUUUGAAAAAUUUUUAGUGAGGUUAAGAAAACAAGCGGAGAAGUGUCAGUUUGAUAAGCCUGAUGAUCAUUUAAUCGACCAGAUAGCAGAAAAAUGUACAUCAGUAGAUUUACGUAAGAAAAUUUUGAAAAUAGGGGACAAUAUAACUCUUGAGAAAAUAAUUACGGAAGCUAACACGUUAGAGGUUGUCAAUCGGCAAAUGGAAGAAUAUGGGCAGAAGAAUAAGUCAGUUAGUCAGGAAAUAAAUGCAAUAGCCCCUUCCAAAAGAAGACAGUUAGACGGAGAAGGAAGAGCUUUUAAAUUUGAUGUAAAACGAUCAAGGGUCAAUCCAAGUAAGAAUAAAGGAUGUGGCAGAUGUGGGAAUCAAAAACAUGCAUCGGAAGAUAUAAAUUGUCCGGCAAAAGGAAAAAAAUGUCACAGCUGUGGAAAAUUUGGCCAUUUCAGGCAAUAUUGCAAGACUCAAGUCUCUCGGAAAAGGAAGAAUGACGAAAUCGAUAAGCGGGAAGAUCAGCCGAUUAAGCUGGCUCGUAAACAGAAGGAAGUGGAUCACGUAGCAGAUGAAGAAAUAGACUAUGUAUUCAAUAUUAACGAUGAUGCGAAUAUAGAAUGUGAAGUGGGUGGCAUAAAGACAACGAUGUUAAUUGAUUCUGGAUCAAAAUAUAACCUAAUAACUGACACAACUUGGAAUACUUUAAAAGAAAAAGGAGUGAAAUGUUCAAAUCAAGUUAAACAAUCAGAUAAAACACUUUUAGCUUACGGCAGUAAAAUACCACUUGAAAUUAUGGGAUCAUUUGAGACAACUAUUAAAGUAAACAAACAGGAAGAACGUACAAAUAUUUAUGUUAUUGCAAGAGGAUCAAGAAACUUGUUGGGCAAAGACAGCGCUUUACGCCUUGGAGUACUGAAGCUCGGUAUUGGAAUUGAUCAAAUUCGGAAUGGGCCGUUCCCAAAAUUUAAGGAUGUCAUGAUAGAGAUACCCAUCGAUAAUUCUAAAAAACCCGUCUGUCAACCCUAUCGUAGAAUUCCAAUACCAAUCGAAAAUAAAAUAGAAACUAAAAUUAAGGAAUUAUUAGAUAGUGACAUUAUUGAAGAAGUUCGAGAACCAUCAAAAUGGAUAUCUCCAAUAGUGCCGAUAUUAAAAGACAACGGGGAAUUACGACUUUGUGUAGAUAUGAGACGUGCAAAUACGGCAAUAAUGCGAGAAAAUCAUCCAUUGCCUUCAAUGGAACACCUUCUGCCUAGGAUAAAGAAAGCCCAAUAUUUUAGUAAACUAGAUAUAAAAAAUGCAUUCCAUCAAAUAGAACUGCAUCCAGAUUCUAGACAUAUAACAACAUUCAUUAGCUCAAAGGGUCUUUACCGUUAUAAACGCUUAAUGUUCGGAAUUACUUGCGCACCUGAAUUGUUCCAAAAAAUAUUGGAAAAAAUGCUUUUAAAAUGUGAUGGGGUUAUCAAUUUUAUCGACGACAUAUUAAUAUAUGGCCGCGAUGAGCAAGAACAUGACUUACGUCUUCAGGAAGUAUUGCGUGUAUUAAAAGAAAACAAUGUCCUACUGAAUACCGAGAAAUGCCUGUAUAAAGUACAAAAAGUAAAUUUCUUAGGACAUGAGCUAACUCCUGAAGGUGUUAGACCAUUAAAUAAAUACAUAGAUAGUGUAGCGAAGUUCAGGGCUCCCAAGACUGUUGAAGAACUACAGAGCUUCUUGGGUCUAAUAAAUUAUAUUAAUAAAUGGAUACCUAAUCUCGCUACAACGACAGAGCCAUUAAAAGCCUUAUUAAGACAAAAGUUUGGGAAACAUGCAAAUAUCGAAGAAGUUUGGAGGAAUGAACAGGAGACGGCUUUUUCGCAGAUAAAGGAAAAGCUUAAGGAUAUUCCGACUCUUGGGUAUUAUGAUGUCAAUGACAAAACCCAAGUUAUAGCCGAUGCAAGCCCGGUUGGACUAGGAGCCGUCUUAGUACAGAUCGAUGCCAGAGGACCCAGGAUAAUAGCCUAUGGUAAUCGGACAUUAACUGACUGUGAGCGUAGAUAUAGCCAAACUGAAAAAGAAGCUCUAGCUUUAGUUUGGGCUAUUGAGCACUUUAAUAUUUUUCUUUUUGGGAAAGAAUUUGAUUUAAUAACGGAUCAUAAGCCCUUGGAGGUUUUGUUUGGCGUAAAGUCCAAACCAUGCGCCAGGAUAGAAAGGUGGGUGCUAAGAUUGCAGACAUAUAAAUACAAUAUAAAAUACAAACCUGGGAAAACAAAUAUAGCAGACCCCCUAUCCCGGCUAUGCAAAUACUCGGAAUAUUCGGCGAAUAAAAAUGACGAACAUGUGCAUCAUAUUGUCGAAAAUGCAAGGCCUAAAGCCGUUUCUAUGGCCGACAUUGAAAUGCAUUCUGAAGAAGACGAAGAAAUUCGUAAAGUGAAGAAAGGCAUUUAUAAUAAUGACUGGGACGACAGUAUCAAAGGAUACAAAAUAUUUGAUACUGAGUUAUGUUUUUAUGGCAACGUUCUCCUAAGAGGCAAUAAAUUAGUCAUACCUUCAAAGCUUCGUAAACGUGUGUUAGACGCAGCACAUGAAGGACACCCAGGAAUAGUGGCUAUGAAAGGACGUCUAAGAGGAAAGGUAUGGUGGCCCAGGAUAGACAAGGAUGCGGAAACCAUAGUUAGGAGUUGUAAAGCGUGUACUUUGGUUGGUUUGCCAAAUCCACCUGCUCCUAUGAAACGUCGUGAACUUCCUGAAGCACCCUGGGUUGACGUAGCGAUGGAUUUACUAGGACCUUUGCCUAGUAAUGAAUAUCUACUAGUUCUCGUCGAUUAUUAUAGUCGCUAUAAGGAAGUUAAAAUAACAAAAACGAUUACUAGUACUCAAAUCAUCAAAUUACUAAAAGAAAUAUUUAGCCGUUUAGGUUAUCCUUCAUCAAUUACGGCAGAUAAUGGACGACAGUUUAUAAGUGAGGAGUUUAAAGAUUUCUGUAAGGAGUGUAACAUAAUACUCUUCCAUACUGUCCCAUACUGGCCUCAGCAAAACGGCGAGGUAGAGAGGCAGAAUCGUGACAUUUUAAAACGUCUAAAAAUUGGCAAGAUAGAAAAUAAAGCUCUACCAGAGAGUUUGUGGGACUACCUCUUGAUGUACAACUCCACACCUCACUCUGUGACAGGAAAAACACCAUCCGAACUGUUCUUUAGAAGAAAAAACAGGGACAAAAUUCCCAUGCUACAGGAUAUAAAUAAUAAAGAAGAUGACACCGAAAUCAGAGAUAGGGAUAAAGAACAAAAAGGAAAGGGGAAAGAGUAUGGAGAUAAGAGAAGAAGAGCACAGGAUGUGGAUUUAAAUGAAGGGGACAAAGUAUAUGUCAAGGAAAUGGAUAAAGCAAACAAACUAACUCCAAAUUAUAACCCAACGCCACACGUUGUUGAGAAAACCAAAGGUGGAGAUGUUACCAUCAGAAAUGAAGAAACAGGACAGACUUUAAGGAGGAAUAUAUUACAUCUUAAACGAACAGAAGGUGUAUGGAAAGCCGUCCAGGCAGAUAAAGAUGCAACCAUGAUUAAUUCAGUGAUUGAUUAAUAUGUAAUUGGAAUAUAAUAAAAAAUAUUGUCUUGAUUAAUAAAGUUUUUAAUUUAAAACAAGAAAGGGAUGUAGUGUUUGUGUCAGUAUAGUAACUAUAAAGAUAGUUACAUAUAUGCACAUACACUGUCUCGUGCACACGGAUGGUGGGGCGCGCACGGUAUACACCAUACCAUAGACUAUACAAUAUGGAUAAUACACGCUGAGACACGGUCGAGAGCGGACGCGCGCCUGCACAUAUCGUGUGUUGUCGAGCCAGUGGCAGUUUGUAGUGAUCAGUGUGAUACGGAGUAUAUUACACU